CCUGGGUGACAAAGUGACACCCUAGUGAGACCCUGCCUCAAAAAUUAAACAAACAAAUGAAAAAACAACUUAAGAAAGGACUUCAAAUGUUUAAUGACUAUAUUUUCAUCUACAAACAUACAUUUUUCUAUGAAUAGCAGUAUCAACCUGAAACUAGAAUUCUGAAGAUUAAAUCAGAUAGGAGAAAAGGAGAGUGCAAGAGAGCCUUGAGUCACUUUGGCCAGUAAAGAGCUGAAAUAAAUGGAGUCCGUUUCAAAAUGUGUUGUAUUUUACUAUGGUCAUCAUAAUAUAAAAGGAAACAUAUGAGAGGAAAAUGUGAUAGAAUUCUUUCUGUUUUAGCCUUUUCCCCAAGUGUUUUAAAUGUACCAAAAAAUCUUCCCUUUUAUAGUGUCCAUGCUGGCACCUCCAUUAUGAUGUCACUUAUAGGUCUAUCUGUUGCCAGAUCAGUAAUCAGCAAUUCCAAAAGUAAUGUUCACUCGUGUGUGGAGGUACCAGAAGGCCAUGGCUCAGAAGCUAAAAAAAAUCACUGCUACAAAGGUGUGGUGUAAUGAAGAGAAGAUCAGAGGGGAUCCAGAGUCUGAUGAAGCAUAUUUGAGGGUUAAUAGGAAGAAAAUCUCCAAAUCAAUGAUGUUAACUCUUAACAAAAGGGAACUUCACUGGUUGAAUUACAAUAGCAGAUAGGAGGGUAAAAAUAGCAAUUUGAGAUUUUUAAACCUGUGUUUGUAAGUUACAUAAAUAACAACAAUACCUGAAGUUAGACCCCAGUGAAUUCAUUUCUGCUAGUUAUGCUGGAUAACAAAAAGAAUGUUCUCAAUCAAACCUAAUAAACUACCAUCUCCAAAGCACCAACUAUGUGCAAGAUGCUAUGCUAGUUGUAGUGGAAAUUUUUAAAUAAUAAUAAUAAAAGCACAAAAUGUGGUCUCAGUCUUUGGGGGAUUUUUUAAAACUUAUGAAACAGAAUUGAUUACAUGUGAAAUGAAAGAGCCAAAUAGAUGGGGAGAUUCUCAUUCCCUAAUUGGAAUCAUGUUGUUUGACCUAGUUGUAGACUGGUAUGAUUUGGGAAAAUUUUCAUUCACUCUUUACACAAAUGAAAGACUAGUUUUCUUCCUAUUUCACCAACAAAGUAAAUAAAAAGAAUACAUCAUCAUUGCCUUACAAUUCUAAAAGUAGAACAGUAUCUUCUAUGUGAAACAGAAGGCUAGAUCAAAAUAAAUUUCAGUGUCAAAAGCAAAGGAGGUCUUUAAAGGAAGUGAAAAAAUCAAGUUAAUUCACUUCUUAAUUACUGGCCUUAAAGAAAUAAAUUGAAUAUCUUGAAAAAAGAACUCAAAAAGCAUCUCAGUUUCACGAGUAAAUGCAAAUAAAAAAAAACCACAACCACAACCAACCAACACCAAUCAGAGUGGUGCUCCUUGUGGGCCCUUUCUGAGGAUUGGCAGAAACUGCAUUUUUUGAUCUCGGCUUUCAUGUUUGUCCAAGAUCUUUAAAGGGAGGGGAAAAAAAUAGAGAAAGAGGCAGGUACUGUAUAAAAGAAGCUCCCUUGAGGUUUCUAAAAUUUACACAAAAACAUCAUAGGUGAGGAAACUCACCAGAUUUGGCACCUGCUCUUUGGUGAUGGACCCAGAAGAAACUUCAGUUUAUUUGGAUUAUUACUAUGCUACAAGCCCAAACCCGGACAUCAGGGAGACCCACUCCCAUGUUCCUUACACCUCUGUCUUCCUUCCAGUCUUUUACAUAGCUGUGUUCCUGACUGGAGUGCUGGGGAACCUUGUUCUCAUGGGAGCGUUGCAUUUCAAACCCGGCAGCCGAAGACUGAUCGACAUCUUUAUCAUCAAUCUGGCUGCCUCUGACUUCAUUUUCCUUGUCACGUUGCCUCUCUGGGUGGAUAAAGAAGCAUCUUUAGGACUGUGGAGGACGGGCUCCUUCCUGUGCAAAGGGAGCUCCUACAUGAUCUCCGUCAAUAUGCACUGCAGUGUCUUCCUGCUCACUUGCAUGAGUGUUGACCGCUACCUGGCCAUUGUGUGCCCAGUCGUAUCCAGGAAAUUCAGAAGGACAGACUGUGCAUAUGUAGUUUGCGCCAGCAUCUGGUUUAUCUCCUGCCUGCUGGGGUUGCCUACUCUUCUGUCCAGGGAGCUCACGCUGAUUGAUGAUAAGCCAUACUGUGCAGAGAAAAAGGCAACUCCACUUAAACUCAUAUGGUCCCUGGUGGCCUUAAUUUUCACUUUUUUUGUCCCUUUGUUGAGCAUUGUGACCUGCUACUGUUGCAUUGCAAGGAAGCUGUGUGCCCAUUACCAGCAGUCAGGAAAGCACAACAAAAAGCUGAAGAAAUCUAUAAAGAUCAUCUUUAUCGUCGUGGCAGCCUUUCUUGUCUCCUGGCUGCCCUUCAAUACUUUCAAGCUCCUGGCCAUUGUCUCUGGGUUGCAGCAAGAACGCUAUUUUCCCUCAGCCAUUCUUCAGCUUGGUAUGGAGGUGAGUGGACCCUUGGCAUUUGCCAACAGCUGUGUCAACCCUUUCAUUUACUAUAUCUUCGACAGCUACAUCCGCCGGGCUAUUGUCCACUGCUUGUGCCCUUGCCUGAAAAACUAUGACUUUGGGAGUAGCACCGAGACAUCAGAUAGUCACCUCACUAAGGCUCUCUCCACCUUCAUUCAUGCAGAAGAUUUUACCAGGAGGAGGAAGAGGUCUGUGUCCCUCUAAAGGGAACUGUGACAUUUCAAGCUCUGUUGGUGGGUUUAGGAGUUAAUUUUUGUCAGCAACAAAGAAAGAAGUGUUAAUGAUAGGAUUCACGUUGCUUCAUAGAUGCAAGGAAGAGUUCGUUUUUAAGGAGAGGACUGAAAAAUCCCUGUGUUGUGGAUAUAAUUAGGCCACGUGCUGUUUUCUCAGCUGAGCAGCCUUCUUCACCCUUGCCAAUCAAGUCCACCAGAGAAAAUUCAAUUCCCAUCUGUCCUUGAACUCUUGGAUAAAGGCUCCUGCUUGAACCAGUCCCUUUCUUCAUGAUUGUUAAUGCACAUUUGGGCCUUUCCUCUCUCAAAAACCACGGGACCUUCAUCCCCACCCCCCUUCAUACUGGGCUCCAAAUUGGACUACAUUUAAAUGAUU